UCAAAGUUAACGUUGCGGAGUCGGACAUUGGGACAAACCACUGUGGGUUGUGGAUUAGAAAUGUUAUCGAUCUCUUUGCCAUGGGGAUAUCUUUGCGGUGUUUGGUCACGCAGAUCUAGUUUUGACUGGUUUAGUCCAGUCCUAUGAGCAUGCGCACUCGGUGUAAACAGGAAGAACUGACUGAAAACCAGGGCAAAUCUAGCAUAAAGAGAAGAAAAUGAUCGGACAAAAACGAACGAAUAUCUUGUUUUUCCUUAUAUAUUAACCACCAUAAAUGUUGUCCUAUAACACCUGAUGGUAAUUUCGAUUACAUCGUGUAGAAGCAGUUGCUACGUUUUCGACAUUUUUGAUAGACGGUAUUAACGUUAACGUUAGACAGACAGACAGUGACGCGAUUUAUUUCCUCCAGGCUUUGCUUGGCGAAUUUGUCUGCUGAACAACAGACCUAAAACAUAACUCGCUGCUUUCUGAAUUUGGCGACUUUAUACCGAGGGAAAUCUCUAACAAUGGUUCAAAAAGAUAAGACGCUGGAAACGCCUCAAGUGGACGGUGAGCCUAGUCCCAGCCCAGUCUCCGGAGAUGCUUGUGCAGAGGCCCCCGGCCCGGGUGAUGAGUGCGGCAUUGGAGUCGAACCGACGGCCCACAGGAAAUUCAUCUGUGGAGUCGUGGAAGGCUUUUAUGGCCGACCAUGGACAAUGGAACAGAGGAAAGAGUUGUUCACAAGGCAGCAGAAAUGGGGACUGAAUACGUAUCUUUAUGCACCCAAAGAUGACUACAAACACAGAAUGUUCUGGAGGGAGCUGUACUCUGUGGAAGAAGCAGAGCAACUCAUGACUUUAAUUGGUGCUGCUAAGGAGCGUGGGAUAGAGUUCAUCUAUGCUAUUUCCCCUGGACUGGACAUCACCUUCUCCAAUCAGAAAGAGGUGUCUGCACUCAAGAGGAAACUCGAUCAGGUCACUCACUUCGGCUGCAAGUCAUUUGCCUUACUUUUUGACGAUAUUGACCAAAACAUGUGCCCCGCGGACAAAGAGGUGUUCAGCUCAUUUGCACACGCUCAGGUUUCCAUUACCAACGAAAUCUACCAGUACCUGGGAGAGCCCGAAACCUUCCUCUUUUGUCCCACAGAGUACUGUGGAACAUUCUGCUACCCAAAUGUCCCUCAGUCCCCUUACCUCCACACAGUAGGAGAGAAGCUUCUGCCUGACAUUGAAGUGCUAUGGACAGGCCCCAAGGUGGUGUCCAAAGAUAUAACCGUGGAGUCAAUUGAAGAGGUGUCAAAAAUCCUAAGAAGAGCCCCUGUGAUCUGGGACAAUAUUCACGCCAAUGAUUAUGACCAGAAGAGGCUUUUCUUGGGUCCAUACAAGGGCCGCUCCACAGAGCUCAUCCCUAGGCUGAAGGGAGUCCUCACCAACCCUAACUGCGAGUUUGAGUCCAACUUUGUAGCAAUCCACACUCUGGCCACGUGGUAUAAGUCAAAUAUGAAUGGGGUGCGCAAGGAUGUGGUCAUGACAGAUGGUGAGGACAGCACAGUGUCCAUUCAGAUCAAGUUAGAGAAUGAAGGCAGUGAUGAAGAACUGGAGACAGACAUGCUCUACAGCCCGCAGCUUGCUCUAAAACUGGCUCUCACCGAAUGGCUCGAGGACUUUGUUGUGCCACAUCAAUACAACAGCCGACAGGUGCCUCAGAGUGGUGCCAAAAGCACAGCCAUCGACGUGUCAUCAAUGGCUGCUUCCUCUCUCUGCUCUUCCACAACAGUCACAACUGUGUUCCAGCAGCCCAUCAUGUCUCCGGCCAUGCCGACUCUCGGCCUGGACCCACUCUCACACCCCAUGGCAAAAAGACCUGGGGAGGUAGAGGAGGUGGAGGUGGAGAAAAAGGAUUCAGAUGAGGAGCCCAUGGAGAUGGUGGUUGAGAAGCUUGAUGAGCCAGAGCCAGAAGCAGAAGCUGACCCAGAGGAGAAGCAGAUUGGUCCUAUCUUAGCUGACAAGAUGACUGAGGACCUGAAGCCCAUGGAUACAGACAAGGAGAGUCUGACAGAGUCAAAGUCCCCUGAAGGGUCUAUCCAGGAGGACCCUGGGAGUGAUAUUGCCCCUAUGCAGACAGAUGAUCAGCUCAAGCAGGAUGUGUUUGUCCCUGGGCCCAACGAGAAGACCCUGUUCACAGCAGAGCCCCUCACACUGGAGGACCUGACCUUGCUGGCAGAGCUCUUCUAUCUGCCUUAUGAGCAUGGACCCAAGGCCAUUCAGAUGUUAAAGGAGUUUAACUGGCUAAGAGCCAACAGCAGCGUCGUCAGUGUUAACUGCAAGAGAAAGGAAACUGAAAAGGUAGAAGAAUGGCAAUUAAGGGCAGAGAAGUUUGAGGAGAUGUGCUGCUCAGUCAUCCAGAUGUUCACACGGCUGUCCAAUUCAGCCAACCGCACCAUCCUUUACGACCUCUACUCUUACAUCUGGGACAUUAAGAGCAUCAUUUCUAUGGUCAAGUCUUUUGUCCAAUGGCUAGGGUGUCGUAGUCAGUCCUCAGCACAAUUCCUUAGAGGAGACCAAGAACCCUGGGCCUUUAGGGGCGGUCUAGCAGGAGAGUUCCAGAGAUUGUUGCCAAUAGAGGGGGCAAACGAUCUUUUCUACCAACCUCCACCUGCAAUGCCAACCUCCAAAAUCUAUUCCAUAAGGCCAUACUACCCCAAAGAUGUGACUGCGAUUUAUAAAAUCUGUAAAGAAAUGUACUGUGAAGGAAUGGAGGAUAUUCCAGUCUCUGAUAAGGAUCCUGACCUCAUAGGAGACAGGUUAGUCGGAGGUCUCCUGGCACUGAGUUCAGACUACGGGUUUGUGCUAGAGGACGAUGAAGGGAUCUGCGGUUAUGCUCUUGGCACUGUGGAUGUCCAGCCCUUUGUCAAGAAAUGCAAGUUGAACUGGAUUCCCUUCAUGCAAGAGAAAUACCUCAAACCUGACUGUGAGAAGGACCUCACAGAGGCUGAGAAGAUGAUGCUGAGUUUCCAUGAAGAGGAGGAGGGUCUUCCAGCCUCUUUCCUCUCCAACUUCCCCUCUCUCAUCAAGGUUGACAUUCACGCCAAGGUCACUGACCCCAGUGUGGCCAAAAGCAUGAUGGGAUGUCUUCUAUCUUCUCUUAAGGCCAACGGUUCCCUAGGUGCGUUCUGUCAGGUUCGUCAGACUGACAAGAGAAUGUUGGACUUCUACGGUAAGCUGGGAUGCUUUGAAGUGGCCAAAAUGGAAGGCUUUCCCAAAGACGUCAUCAUUAUGGGACGAAGCCUAUGAAGAAACGUCCUGCUUCAAUAACAGACAGACAGAGAGCAAGUCAACGUGGCUUAACCAUGUUUGCUACAUUCAUGAGAAAAACUUCCAUGAUGAUUUUAUACUACAUUACUAUCUGGGCUAGCCCCGGGAAACCUCUUUUUACCUUAGAUGUUAUGGCUCUGUUGGAUUCAGCAGAUCCAAAGCUAAAAGGCCGAGGAGUGAUCUGUAAUCAGUUGAUUUGAGCCAACGUGGAAGAGUGGCACUCCAGCAUUGAUUGUGGGGUCCCACUUCUCGUAUACCUCCAGGAGGCAGGAAGUGAUAACUCCAUAAGCCUUUUUUCUGAUUUAAUCCAGUAAUCACUACAUGAAUAUUGCCCACAUGCCCUAACGUAAAGUGUCUGUAUCUGAAAUGGAGGCAGAGCUGUGAAAUGAGGGCUGCCUGUAUCUCAGGUAGUGUCUUACUACCCCUACAUCCUGCUUUCCCAGCUUUGGCAGAGAGCAAUAACGCAGCUGUCGAUAUAUAAGUAGGACACCUUUAUACAGGAUGUGAGGUGCUAUGUGAGAGUUUGCCUUUCAUCAUUACAUCAUGGUAUUUCCAGUUCCUCCACAAUAGACUUGGAGAAAGAGGCCUUUUACAUGCCGUGUUUCUAUCAAUGCUGUGUCUGCACUGCAAAUUGUAGCUUUUGGGGUUUGUGAAACCCUCAAUAAAAGAUCGUCACAGACCAGCGAGGGGAAAGUAUUUGUUGAGAUUGUUAAAGACUCAUCCAGCAGGUCCUCUGAAUUUCCAUUCAAGUAGUAGACAUUUGGAAAG